CUCCCUUUUCAGCGUGCAGUGAGUUGGGGGAGAAAACUGUUUGCAUACCGAUCCUGAUCCAACACUCCGUGCACGCAUUGAGUCUAUUAGUGAUUGAGAAAGCUGUGGAUUUUAUCAGUUGAAAGCUUUUUUGGGGUGCGUAUAGACAACCACCGGUUGGUAAUAUUCUGCGAAACUGUGUCGUUUGUUGUGCCGAAAGAGUUGGUGACAUCUCCGUGGGAAAACAGCGAUUUACCAACAGGCUCUGCUGAGAGCUCAUGAAAACAGGAGAGGAACAAAAGCCAAGAGAAUUCAUCAGCUUCCAUUGAACAAGUGGAACCAACAGGCAGAUACUCAUGGGGCAGGGAGAAGCUUCAGCGAGGGGGACCGCCAUGGAGGGCGACUGCCUCAGCUGUGUCAAGUACCUCAUGUUCGUCUUCAAUUUCCUAAUAUUUCUGGGGGGCUCCUUCCUCCUGGGGGUGGGGGUGUGGGUGCUGGUGGACCCCACGGGCUUCCGGGAGAUCGUGGCGGCGAACCCCCUGCUGUUCACCGGGGUCUACAUCGUCCUGGCCAUGGGGGGCAUGCUGUUCCUGCUGGGCUUCCUCGGCUGCUGCGGGGCCAUCCGCGAGAACAAGUGUCUGCUGCUCUUCUUCUUCAUGCUCAUCCUCCUCAUCUUCCUCGCCGAGCUGGCCGCUGCCAUCCUCGCCUUCAUAUUCCGGGAGCAUCUGACCAGGGAAUACUUCACCAAGGAGCUGAAGAGGCACUACCAGGGCUACAACAACACGGACGUGUUCACCUCCACGUGGAACGGCAUCAUGAACACGUUUGACUGCUGUGGCGUCAACAGCCCGGAGGAUUUUAAGGAAAGUCUGUUCAAGUCGCUGAACCACGAUGACAUGGUGCCGGCGGCUUGCUGCCAGAGGCCCAGCCAGCCCCCUGAUAUGGCCGACCCCAGCCAGGAACAGUGCUUAAGAGGCAACAUGAUGUUCCGCAAUAACAAGGGCUGUUACUCCGCUGUGGUCGACUACUUUGAGCUGUACAUCUAUGUGGCGGGAGCGUCCGCCAUUGUGGUGCUUACCAUCGAGCUCUUCGCCAUGGUAUUCGCCAUGUGUCUGUUCAGAGGAAUCCAGUAGAACUACCGACAAAAUCCGGGAACUUUUUAUUUCAAAAAGGGAAAUCAGGAGAAAAGAAACAGAAAAAAACACUUGUAAAUUUGUUGUUCUUUUUUUUAUAUUGUCUUAAUUGGUUAGGAUCACGACAACCUUUUUAAAACUCGUGUACUUCACAGCUGGACUUUUGAGGUACAUGGGUGACAAAAAAUUAAGAGCAAAUGGGAGAUCAGAAAACUGAUGUAAAAAAACAAAACGAAAAAACAACACAAAAAAUAAGAAAUGUUUGAGCAAAGGGGAACAACCAUAAUUCUUGUGGACCAGGUCUCACGCCGACCGGCCGUAGCGCCGCAACAGACGGAGAGGGGGGGGGAGGGAGGGGGGGUAAGAUGAGGACCAGGUGAGGCCUAAGCAGAAGGCACUGCACUGACUUUUGGAUGAAGAAUAUUUAUACUGAGUAAAGUUGGCUUAACUGUAAGGAAAAUGUGUGUUUUGUGUACACUUUGGUUGUUUCCCCCCUCUCCCCCCUCCCUCCCUCCCCCAUCUUCACAUGCCAUUGUUACAGCCACACCGUUUUAAUUGCUGUAUUAUAAGCUGUGUGUGUGUGUGUGUGUGUGUGUGUGUGUGUGUGUGUGUGUGUGUGUGUGUGUGUGUGUGUGUGUGUGUGUGUGUGUGUGUGUGUGUGUGUGUGUGUGUGUGUGUGUGUUUGCAGGUGUUUGAGAGAGCAAGAGAGAGAGAGAACUAGUUUUUUAUGUGCAUGUGAGUUUGUGGCCCUUCAUGACCAUCUCCAUGCUUGAAAAAACAACUUUUUGGAUUAUUUUUCAAUUUGUAAAGUGAUGUUUAUUGCGAUCGUGGUUAUAUGUGGUUUUAGCUGGUGAAAAUGUAUGUACGUAUAUGCAUUUGUAUUAGGUUCUUGAAAAGAUUAAUGAUAUAAAAUGCUGUUGUAAAUCUCUGUCCCUGUGUUUUCUUAAAUUUUCAAGUCAAGUUACAACAAUAGCACAUGUUAUGGCUUACACUGGGGAAAAUGCUGUCAUGUUUCCUAUUUUGUGACUAGAGGGAGUAAAUGUGUUUUAAUCUAAUGUCCCUAUUAGACAAAGAAACAGUAAAACAACAUACACAUAUUGGCACCGGUUUUGCGUUACACAUAGGCUAUACCAAAAAAUGUACGCUCCAUAACACAAGAAAAUAAAAGUUUUUCUGCAUUUUUCCACUUUAACAACACAAUUUCAAACACAUUCAUGUCUUAAAAAAUGAAUCAUAAUUUAUUUGAUUAGCGGUUACUUCAUUAAUAUGAAUUCAUGGGUCAGCUUAAAAUGUUUUUCACGUUUAAAUAACUGCUCAAGCAAGCGCAGCGUCAAUCGCCAAGUUGGCCAGUCGAAGCAGCGCCACUCUGUGGUCGAGUAAGUCAUGGCAGCUUUAUUUUUCUGGACGUCAUUGCUGCUACACGGUGUUUCAUGUCCACAUUUGACUGCCAUACCUAAUUAAAACGGACCAACAAUUAAUUAAAUGAGCCACACCUGUGAAAGGGGCCUGUUCUGUUUGGUGAUUGGCUGCAGGUUUCAGACACGUGCCUUGGUAGACAUGUUUUUAUAUAGUCCUAUCCCAAAAAUAUGACAGACAAGUUCUUUUUUUGUGUUAGAUUGUGGCUAACACAGCUCUAGUAUGUCAAAAUACAAAAGUUAAGUGUGACCAGACCGGUUUGUGAGGGAUCAUCCCGGACGGGUGUCAGAUUCAGACAUUUGUUAAACACUCGCAUGUUUCCACCUAAAUUAAAAUAAUAAUAAUAAUAAUAAUAUUGUACUUAGACUACAUUGACCCACUAAUGUUCACUCAUUUUUACCUAAUCUAAUCAAAAAAACACAAACGCACCAGGCGUCUGAAUCACUGAUUGGUUCUGGUGUGGGUGUCAAUCAAUCAACGUGUGGUUGUCAAGGCUGUCGCUGGCCCCUGAAACGUUGGGUUGUGGAUCUGUCAGUAUGCUGUCGGUUUGCUGUCAUGCCGAAGAGAGAGUCAGUCUUCUUUAAAGACCUCCAGAAAGACUUUCUCUUUUCUUCGCGG